UGUACCUUAUUCGUAAAAAAGUAACCUGGAGUAACAGGUCAAUACCAUGGUUGUAUCAAAAUAUCUCUACCACAUAUCUCCCACUGAAGCUCCAGAAAGGAGGGUUUUCCCCAGAUAUGGCAACCUCGACAGAAAGGCACGCGAUUUCUCUGGAUUUCCUGUUUCCGGAAUUCUGCACGGGCUGACUGGCUGUCGGCGAAUGAAAUAAACAAAGAUCUACAAAUCAGACUCCAACACCUCCUCCCCUCGUCUGCAAACAUGGACAGUGGUGCGUAUGUGUAAAUAUUGUCUCUCGCAGCUCGUAGGCGCAGGUCUGAGUCUGGAGAAAGCAUCAGCUUUUGUCAAGCGAUUCCACUCAGAGACACGAUAUCUACUCGCCCAGAACGUCUCGACUUGCAUUGAUCCUUUAGAGGUGUGUCUGCACCGGCAGACGGUCCAAGACACAGUACACGUCUUCCAGCACAGCAUUCCCACAGAGGGCAAACCUGUCACCAACCAGAAAAACUCAGGGAGAUGUUGGAUCUUUUCAUGCCUCAAUGUCAUGCGUCUUCCAUUCAUGAAGAAGUUUAACAUUGAAGAAUUUGAAUUCAGUCAGUCUUAUCUAUUUUUCUGGGACAAGGUGGAGAGAUGCUAUUACUUUCUGCAUGCCUGUGUGGAGACAGCCCAGCGGAAGGAGUCAGUAGAUGGCAGAUUGGUUCAGUUCCUGCUAUCAAAUCCGACCAAUGAUGGCGGACAGUGGGAUAUGCUUGUUAACCUUAUUGAAAAAUAUGGCGUUGUUCCUAAGAAGUGCUUCCCCGAGUCUCACAGCUCUGAGGCAUCCCGUAGAAUGAAUGAUAUCCUCAAUCACAAGUUGAGGGAAUAUUGUUUAAGGCUGAGGAACAUGGUGGACAGGGAAGCCACUAAAACUGAGCUGUCUGACACUGUAGACACCAUGACUGAGGAGGUGUUUCGAGUGGCCAGUGUUUGUCUGGGCAGUCCUCCAGACACCAUCUGUUGGGAAUACCGGGACAAGGACAAGAACUUCCACCGCAUGGGCCCUUUAACUCCACUGGAGUUUUACACAAAGCACGUCAAGCCCCUCUAUAAUCUCCAGGACAAGAUCUGCCUCGUUAACGACCCUCGGCCCCAAAACCCUUAUGGAAAUCUGUACACUGUGGAGUUUCUGGGAAACAUGGUGGGUGGCCGCAGAACACUUUACAACAACCAGUCCAUCGAGCUGCUCAAGAAAGCUGCUGCAGAUUCCAUCAAGAGUGGAGAGGCGGUGUGGUUCGGCUGUGACGUAGGCAAACAUUUCCACAGCAAACUGGGCAUCAAUGAUAUGAAUGUGUUUAACCAUGACCUGGUGUUCGGCAUCUCAGUGAAAAACUUGUCUAAGGCGGAAAGGUUGAUCUAUGGAGAUUCCAUGAUGACCCAUGCCAUGAAUCUGACUGCUGUUACUGACAAGACAUCCGGCCUGUUUAAUUACAAGCAGUUUUUGAGGUUACUGUCUAAUUUCCCUCACAACUCAUCAUAUGCAUUUCCAGAGUUCAUUGUUGUCUUCUCUGGUACCCAGUGGGCAAUACCAAUGCUCUUUAAAGCAAAGGGCUUCUUCGCCCUGUUUUAUUAAUCAGUAAAACAUAGCUUAGGUUUAAAAAGCAGCUAGACAUCACAUGGAAAAUACAAAAAAAUAAUACUUAAAAUACCAAAUUAAUAUUUCUGUUCAGCAAGGAUUCAUUAAAUUAAUCAAAAGUUCAAGGUUCAAGUUUAUUGUAUGCCUAAGGGGCAAUUUUUUAUGCAGCAUAAAAUCUGUAAACAACACACAACCAUCAUACUAAAAACAAUCCAUAAAUAAUACCAACAACACUCUCGCAGGUUUAAGAGUCUAACAGCAGUAGGAAUAAAAGAAAAUCCAUACCGGUUACUCUUAAGUUUAGGCAUACUAUAACGUAACCCAGAAGGAAGCAUUUUAAACUCAUGAAACAGUGGAUGAGUAUGAUCUUACAAGAAGAGUUUUGGCUUUCUGUAAGACAAACCGCUCAAAAUGAUCUGAGAACCCAGUCUGCUUAAAACCAAUAAUCUUACUUCCUUGGUUAACAAUGCCAUUCAAUGAGAUCCGAUACUUUACAUUUAGAUUACCAUACCAACAACACAGAGAGACAAAGUACAGAUUCAAUAUAAGAUCUGAAAUACAUGGUCAUGAGAGUCCUGCUAAUAUUAAAAGUAGAAAGCCUCCGAAGACAGUGCAACCGUUGCUGGCCUUUUUUGCAUAGUGCUUCGGCAUGAAAAUCAAAACUCAGUUUGUUGUCAAUAAUAAGCCCAAGAUACUUAUAAGUACUAGCCCAAUCCACUGUUUGACCUUUAACUAUAGUUGGCUAGGCUGAUGAUGAAUGACUGGAUCUAAAGUCAAUAGCCAUAUCUCUUGUCUUCUUUAUAUUCACACGCAAAAAGGAACUAUCACACUAUUAUUCUAUCACACGUUAUAAAAUCGUUCACUACUAGACCAUGGCAGUUCUCAUCCUUCCUCAGGAGACUGACAAUAAAAAAUUUCAACGAACCUGUCUGUGUGUUUACUUACACAAUUAUCAGUGUACAAAAUGUAAACCAAGGGUGGGAGAACACAUCCCUGUGGAGAACCUGUAGACGUUAUAAGGGCAUCUGAAAAUGUGCUAUUUACUCUCACCCUCUGCCUUCUGUCACCUUAGAAAAUCUAAUAACCACCCCAAUAUCUUAUAAUCUAAUUUAAACUCUGAAAUUAAUUUCUUUGUUAAAACAUGGGGCUGAAUAGAAGUCUAACAUUGGUUUUGGUCCAUCCCUGACCAAUUUCUCAAAGCCAAAUGUCAAGGCGACAGGUCUAAAAUCAUUUAGACUCUUAGGAUAACUUGUCUUCCCUACAGGCACAAUUAUAGCUUCUUUCCAAAGCUUAGGUAUUUUUUGCAGAUGGAUUUACUUUUGGAAUAUGUUACAAAAUACAGGGCCCAACUGAUCUGCACAUGUCUUUAAUAAACGUCCCCCUAUCUUAUCUAGUCCAGAGACUUUCCCCACCUUGCUCUUUUUGUAUAAUAUAAUCCUGAUUAAAAAAUGUACACUCCAUAUUACACAUCGUCUCAUUCCGAAGAACAUUCCUUACACUACUGAAAUCCUCCACAUCAAAUAUAGUAUAAAAAUUAUUCAAAUCUUGAGCCAACUUUAUAUCAGACUGAUAACCAACAAAUUGCAUGGGAGUAUUACUUUUACUCUUAGACCCUGUUAUAGUGUGCAUACUCUCCCAGGCAGAGCCGAGUCUAUUCUGUCUAAGAACUUCCUCUACUUUGUCUUCGAAAUUAUUUUUGGCCUUCCUAUUUUCAUACUUUAUUUGUUUUUGCAAAUCAUGAUUCCUUUCCAAAUCACCUGCAUGAAAUGCCUUAUUCCUUUCAUAAGUAACUUUAUAGAGUUAGUAAUCCAUGGCUUUGUGUUAGCAAAUGUUCGAACUGUUUUUUGAGGAAUUAACAUAUCCUCACAAAAAUGUAUAUAACUGCUUACAACAUCUGUUUAUUCAUCAAUAUCAGAACAAGAGUUUUCAAAAGCCUCCCAGUUUGUGGAAUCAAAACAUCCUUGUAAAUCUAAGGUUGAGUCUGCAGUCCAUUUCCUAAUAAGUUUGUUUUCCACUUUAUACUUUUUUAAAACAGGAAUUAAAACCACAGUACUAUGAACAGACAUACCCAAUGGUGGGUUACUAACUGACUUGUAUGCACCCCUGACAGAACCAUAGCAUAGAUCUAGAGUUUUGUUAAAUCGUGUUGCACAGGUAACAUAUUGUUGAAAGGUCCUUAAAGUAUGUUUCAACGAGCAGUGAUUAAAGGUAAAAUUUGUAAGAUAUUUGCAGUAAAAUAUCCAAAAACCACUAGGCUAGUGUUAUAUAUUUUGUCCAGCUGAUUACUAACAAUAUCUCUAAUGUUUUCAACUACUUGUAAAUCAUGAGAAAAUUCCCAUUCUAAACAGUGACACGGGGCAAUGCAGUCACCUGUCAAUGACAUUAGUUAUACUUUGUUACCGCAUUUACUGACGUAGAAACAACAUGACAACAAUGUCGUGGACUAAUGCGGAAGCAGUUCCUUGUUUACUUCUUCUUGCACGUUUUAUGGUGAAUUGUGUUACUUAUUUAUGGAACAUAAUUACUGUUUACCGUCUGCCACCGAU